UAUGGAGUUUUCUGCCACCAUCACCAGGUAGUAGGUUUGAGACCUGAACGGUCAUAGCCUGUGGGGUAUAGGCUUCCAGAAGGGAGUUGAGUCAGAUAUGGUUGAAGAUUAUUGAUAAAGUCUCCUCAGGAUUGAGGCUGGAAUUCCUCGUAUGUUAGAACCUAGGAUAAGAGGGCUUUGGAUUUCCAAGUGUUUGCCAGAGACCCACAGUAAAAACUGUAUUUUACCUCUCCUUUCCCCCUACCCCUCUCUUUCCUUCAUUCACUUUCUAGAUAUCACACACACACAGACACAUCUUAAGUUUUAUGAAACCGAUACUUACACUCACCAUGUAUGAUAUAUUCUGAACUUAUCUAUUUUCUCUACUUUAUUCACUAAAAAAACUGAACUUGUAAACAUUAUUUCAAAAUUACCUGUAGAGAUUUUUGAAAUGAACUGUAGUAAAUGCAUUGCUCUAAGGAAGGCUUAAGAAUUCAGUCCUGGGCUGAAGAUGUUGCUCAGUCACAUUGCAUAUGCAAAGUCCUGGGUUUAGUCAUCCCCAGCACCAAAAAUAAAAUAAAAUCCAUCCUGCUGAAUCCCUUUGCCUAACAAUUCUUUUCUUUGUUUUUUGUUUGUUUGAUUAUUUGUUUUUGUUGUUUGUUUGUUGUUUUGCUAUUAUUGAGGGGAAAAUCAAAUUCAGCAUGGCAUUCAAGGCCCUUCAAAAUCAAAGCCUCUACCAAUUUUUAAAUUUUCCCCUACUUUCUGCCUCUCCACUCCCCCUCUUUUUUUGGGAGGUGCUGUGGAGAAAACCCAGGGCCUUAUGCAUGCUAGGGGUAGUGCUCCAACACUGAACUAUAUCCCCAGUCCCCCUUAUGUUUUAAUUCAUAGAUCGUUUCAUUUUUAUGGAAAACAUGCUGUCCUUUUAUGCAUCUGUGCCUGCUUUUUUUCAGCUGGAAAUUGAAUCCAGAGGUAUUCUACCACUAAGCUCUUGAGCUAUAUCCCCAACCCUUUUAAUUUGUUUUGAAACAGGGUCUCACUAAGUUACCUAGGUUGGCCUCAAACUUGAAAUACUCCUGCCUCAGCCGCCAGAGUAGCUAAAAUUAUGAGUAUCUGAGGUUAUAGGUGCGUACCACCACACUCGGCUUUAUCUAUACCUGCUUUUGCCCAUGGCAUUUCCUCCACUGGGACUGUUCUUUAUCCUCUUUACCUAGAAUACUCCUCGUCAUUCAAGAUCCAGUUCAAGUGCCCCCUUGUCUCUGUGACCUGGUCAACUACCCCUCUUUUGAUCUCCACUAUCAUGCUAUGCAUCCCUAUAACAGCACACAUUUAUGCAUGUAUGUUCUGUACAUGAUUAUAAGUAUAAACACUGCCACAUUCCCAAAAGGACUCAUGACAAUGAUAUAGAGUAUACUAUGAUUAUUUGUUCAUGUGUUACUCAGUGCUUUUAUCUUAGAGAUUAAGUCUUAAUCUCAACUAUGCUCCUAAUGCUGAACACAGUGUCUGGCCCAGAGUAAAGGGGCUUUGGAAAUGUUUGUAGAAUGGAUGAAAAAAAUGAAUAAGUUCUCUGCAGCCUGGGCAUUCAUUAGACCUAGCUUGUACCAAGUAUGGUAGCACAUGCCUAUAAUCCUAAUAACUCAGGAAGAUGAGGCAGGAGGAUUACAACUUCAAAGCUGGCCUCCAUAACUUAGUGAGACCCUGUUUAAAAAAAUUGCUGGGGAAAUAGUUCAGUGAUAGAGUACCUUGAGUUCAAUCUCUAGUACUGUGAGGGAGUAAAAAAAGACCUGACCUAAUUUAAUUAAAUGGUGCUGCUGGCCCCCAGGAUGAUUAUGGAUAUAGCUCUGAAAGACAAUAAGUGCCAACUCCUGGAUCUGCUCCAAGGUGCCCAAGCUACUGCUGGAAAAAUUGGAAAAGAGGUCAUCCCUAGAGAAGAUCUGGCCAACAGUCCCUACUCAGAGUCUCUGGAUUUGAGUUGCUACCAAUGCUUCUUUCCCAAGCUAAUGAGGGGCUUGAACAAUAAGAGUUAACUAGCGGGGGAUGAAAUUUGGGCCAGUAAAAAGGAUACAUAAUUUCUGACAGAAGCCAGGGAGCAUCUGGUAGAAAGAAGAUUCUGUAUCUGGACCAAUUCCUUUUAUACCAGUCAAAUAUUCCCUUAAAUGAACCCCCAAGCUCUGCACAGUUAUCUCCUUACUCUGCAUAGAACCUGGAGAGCUAGAACAGAGUAGGCAGUAUUCACUCUCCCUGGGUAUAUAGAACGAGAGAAGUUAGGUAUCUUGCUGCAUUGUCACAUAGCCCGUGGAGAUAUUACCUACCCUUCUGCUUCCAGCUCAGGAGACCCUCACUCCCGACCACGGUCAUGAGACAGCCACAUCCUUUUGUCUAUCUGUCUCUUUCAGGAGACAAAUACCAUGUUUGAGGUACUCUUUGGCCUGGGGUACUAAGAAGCCAUAAAGGCUGUGUAUGCUUGCAAUGUGUUCACUUUGAUCACCCGGAUCAGUUGCAUCUUUGUGGUCAACAUGCUGGAUAGCUGCCUCCCAUUGCAGGAUUUCAUUGAUUUCUCAGAAUUGUGUGACAAGUAGGAUGAAAGACCAGCAGGUUAGUGGUCAUCACAGGAAUGUUAAGGAAUGGAGGAAGAGGUGUCUUCUAAAGGUUAGGGUUAGGCCCCCAAAGAGGGAAAGUGUUUUGAUGAGAUCUGAGGGACCAGUUGGCAGAGUCUGGACUUAAACCUGCCUCCUGACUCCAAAACUAGUGUUCUUUCCUUGUUUCCAGGCCUUAUAUUCAUAGAAGACUUUCACUGUCCACUUGUACACUCUCACACAGCACUACCUUGUUCUAAUUCUAAGCUGAGGUCAUGCGUCUUGGGAGAUAAAAAGUAAAACAAAAAGAAAAACAGGAACAGAAAGCAAUAUUCUGGGUACAUGUAAAGGUGGUUCUGAAAUGUGUAGGUAAGCACAGAGGGUAAGAGUAUAUGUGACUGUGGUUUUGUUUCUAUAUAUCAUUGUAUGGAUGUGCACAGGGAUAUGGCUGUGUGUAUACAAAGGAGGUAUGAGUGUGAUGGAAUGUAGACAUAUUUAGCCCAAAGAGAAUGAGUGUGAAUAUUGUGAGUGUGGCUGGAUGUGUAGGUAUAGUUUCAGUUGAGUGGGUACAUACAUAAUGUAGGGUUUGUCUAUAUGUUCAGAGGUGGCCAAUCCACGAACCAGAAGUUGUAGAUAUUUUUUAUUGUAUACAUGUAUGUGUGUGUGUGUGUACACGUAUAUCUGGGGAAGGUGCAUGUUUCUGACCCAAGAACAGGUUGAAUGUGAGUAUGCAAUAGUAUAUUAUGGUAAACUAGAGUGAUUCAAUGUGUUUGUGGGCCUGAAGAGUGUUGGUAAGUCAUUCAGAGUUGUGAGUCCAAGUGUGUAUCCUGUUCCUCUGGACUUGGGAACAGAAGUUGAGUACUAUGAAAAUUAGGCUAGUAUAUCUGGCCUGGAGCUGAGGAUCAUGAAGCUCCUAGAAACACAUCCUUCAUCCUCCAUAAGGGGGAGGCUGAACUGUCAUUAUAUUUGGAAAUUUGGUGGGAAGUCUAGAGGACAAGAGAAUGUUAUCUUACUCCAUGAUCAGGUUUGCUGUAAGUUCAUUUCCUUGUUCUUUCUUCCUGCUCAUGGACUAGAAUAAGAAAAUGCUUCCUUUUCCCUGCCUCCUCCUUCUCACAGUACUCACAGUGUCUAUUAGCAGCAAGCUCCAAAUUGUCAUCUAAAGUCACUGGAUCAUCUAUUCCCUGUGGUAACUUGAUGCUUGUUUUUCCAGGAAAGUCAGAGCCAACCUUUCCUCUUGGGGCUAAGCUUAUUAAAUAAAUUCCUCAAUAAAAUCCUUAGUUGGUUGAAACCCACCAAACUGCCUUGUUAUCUAUCUCCUCCAGGACCCAAAAGUUUCCUGUUUCAUCUAUCCUUUUUACUCUCCCCUUCCUACUUCCUCUGGCUAGGCCUGGGCCAGAGGCCCAUCUUCCCCCCUUCUAGAAAAUGGGAGUCGAGAACAGUAUGUGUGUAGGAGAGAGGAAUUGCUGGGGGAGUUCAUAGCUCAGAACUAGAGCCAGAGCAGCUGCCUGGGUCCCUCAUGUCAGCCCCCUUUCCUUGUUCCAUAGACUGUCAAAAUCACCUUCUACUACCAUGCCAAUUUCCUGCCAUUGUCAGAACCCCAGAGGAUCUUUUUCCGGACAGACUGGGAUGAAGUCCUGCAGGCUCUGUAAAAUGUCUGGAAGCACUUUGUAAGGCACAUUUAAUGGUUGAAACUGGACAAGGUUGUAGCCAAGGGCCUGGGCUUUGGAUUCACUUAUGCCUCUCUGGGCUCUCUGAGACCUAUGCCAGAGACCCAUGGCAUGGCAGCUAGGACCUGGGUUGGCCCAAAGGUAACUGAAUGUUAGCCCUGGUCAUAAGUCUAUCCUUGCCUCCUUCACAUAAAUGGAGAACACAUUAUUGUAAAGCAGAUGUAACUACUGGUAGCAGCUGAUUUACGUAGAGCUUCAUUCAGGAAGUCCUACAUGUCAAUAUAUAGACCCCAUAGCUUUCUCCUUUACAUCAAUUUCACCUUUCAGGUCCUGACAACCACAGCCAUCCUUCCUAUACUCUGGGUUAGAAGCAACCUUUAAUAGUCUCACUCUCCUCGGCCUCUACCCUAGAAGUGAAAAUAUGGGAAUAUAACUCUAGCUAGAGAGUUUGAAAAACUUAGGUUUGAUCCUUCCCUGUUCUGUCACCUUAAGCAAAUCUCUUUACCCCUCUGGCUUCAGUUUCCUCCAGCUAUAAAAUGAAUAUCUUGUAACUUGCCCUGCUUACCUCCCAGGGCAGUUGAAAGGCCAUGCAUGAUCUUCGAAAGAUUCAUAUAAGCGUGACUUCAUGCAAAAUAAGCUCAAUGACACGGGCUAAUUUCCUUGAGAAAGUAGGCUGUUCAGAGCCCUGAACAAUGUAUCUGGACAGUGAUUAUGUUUGCAGAACUAUAUACAAAUGACUGUUCUGGUCUUGAGCUGACAGCACAGUUGAUUUUUGAAAUAUUCCAUACAACCCUUCUUACAACACAUUGCCUCUUUAGGGAAAUCCUUAGUUCUGACCCUAAGCCCCUUCUCAAAUUGUUUCUGCAUUCUUUUGGGGUUUUGAGGCUGGCUCUGGUUGUUCAAGCAACAUCUGUGAGCCUCUGGCUUGAAGGAAAAUGACUAGCCAAGAUCUUCUCUUAACCCUUUCCUUCCCUGGCUUUUGCUUCUUUUAGGACACAUUGUCAACUUGUUGCCUGUUAUUUCCAGGGCUCUGGAAGAAAAGUGCAGCCCUCUUGUGUGAAGGCUGGGGGCCAGGACGGCCUCCCUAAGCAAGCAGGCGGAGGCACAUAUAGCCCUAGAUCCCGUCGUUGAAUCUCAGCACUUGCUCCUCUGGCCACAGCAGGAACAAGAGGCUCCUGGAAAGCCCCAACUUCUCACCAGCUCUUCCAUGAGCACACCCUGGUCCCAGGGCCUGAGAUUUCUCCAUGCAGGAGCAGCCAGAAACUCCAGAGGCGGCGGCAACGCCGGACACACCACCCGCCCAACUGCCUCCAGCCCCACCACCCAGCCAGCUGCUGGUCCCUUCUCUGCCAGUGUUCGUGGACCACGCAAAACAACCAAGCAAGGAACUCAUUAAGCCCAAAGCAAUUUUAGGGCGCCCAGUAGAGAGACCUGCAGAGGCUGCUGCUGCUGCUGCGGAGGCUGCUGGUGCUGCUGCUGAAGAGUGCCCGGCAUUGGGCACCAGGGGAGUUGGAGUCAAAAACCAUCGCUGUCAGCGGAUCCGAGCCAGCCGAGAAGCAGGCUCACGGUUUGCCAUGGAGGGCUUGGAUGAUAAACUGAUCCUGAACGUGGGGGGCAUGCGCCACGAGACCUACAUCAGCACCGUGCGGGCCUUCCCAGGCACCCGCCUCUACAAGCUGACCGAGCCACCCCCGCCUGGCAGUCCGGCUGCUCAGGGUCCACCCGUCCGAGAGUUUUUCUUUGACCGUAAUCCUGAGCUCUUUAGCUAUGUGCUGGGCUACUACCGUACUAGGCAGCUGCACUGCCCCAAUGACGUUUGUCGGGAUGUCCUAGAGGAGGAGCUGGCUUAUUGGGGCCUGGCGGAAGCGCCUUUGGCACCUUGCUGCUGGCUCAAGCUAAGUGGCAGGGAGACCCGGACCCAGGACUUCCUCUCCUGGGAGGCCUGUGAGAACGCCCACCUAGAUGAACGUCUUCUGCUGAACCCCAUGGAAGGCCAGGGACUGCGGAAUGCUUGGAAGCCAUGGCUCUGGGUGCUUCUUGAUCAACCCCAGUCUUCCCUAGGAGCGAAGUGCCUUUCCCUGAUCUCCACACUCUUUGCUGUGUGUGCCCUGGUCAUCUUCUUCCAGGAGACAGAGGUUCAGCUGGAUUACUUCUCUGCCAACUUCACUCCUAUGGGACAUGGGGCAGGGGUGGGAGGAAACCAGCAGCAGCAGCAGCAGCAGCAAAACAAUGGUCUUGUUUAUCGCCGUGCCCCCCACCUGCUCUACCUGGAAUUACUCUGUGCCCUUUGGUUUGGAACUGAGCUUUUUGCACGAGCCAUUUCCUGCCCUGAUAAGGUGCGCUUCCUGUGUAGCCCCCUCAACCUGGCUGACAUCUUCUGUUUGUUCCCUGUGCUGGUGGAAUUAGUGGUGGGUGACAAGGCUGAACGGCAGCCUCGCCUUAGCCUCACCCUUGGGGCCAUUCGUUCUCUCUAUGUCCUCAAGCUGGUUCGUCUCCUGGGUUUUCUUGAAAAGUCCCUGGCCCUGAGAGUCCUGGUUCAUACUCUCCAUUCCUCCUGGAAAGAGGUGUGUGCCUUUCUCCUGAUUUGGGUGGCUGAAAUCUUAUUCUUUGGCUCACUCUUCCUCUAUGGGGAGCUUUUGGGCAUGUCAACCCCAGGACAGAGUGAGCUCCACUUUGGAGACAUCUUUACCUGUCUCUGGUGGACUGUUAUAACUCUCACCACUGUCGGCUAUGGAGACAUCUACCCACUCUCUGCUAUGGGCCAGCUCACUGCUGCUGUCACAGCCACCGUGGGCAUGUGCACUGGUGUCUUGCUGGUGCCUGUGCUCCUGGUCCGCUUCCAGCGCUAUUAUGCUGUAGCCCUGGCUCGCCAGAAACUAAGGCCCAGUGGGAUCCUAUAAUAGGCCCACUGGUCAAGAGGGGUGGAGCCCACCUUCCUGUACUUCCUCUUGCCAGUUUUUGGUUACAGAUUAGGAUUUCCGGCUUUGGAUUUGGCAAAGAAUCCUUCAGGAGCAGCCCCAGGUCAUGACAAUUCCUGCUAGUCAGGAUCAGAUAAAUAUCACCUAUAGGUCAGACUCCUCAUCCUCAUCAAGGGAAGAAGGAGCUUAGGGACAAGGCUAGUUAGUUCUUACAUUCCCCUGCCCCACCCUAGGCCCUUCUCUGAAUACCAGAAUGACCAGGAAGGAUAGAGUGUAGUUCUUCCUGGAUUGGUGCUAUAUCCCCCUCUCAACUAGAUCUCCCUUCACAUUCACUCAUCCCUUUCUGCCCAACUGGACCCUAGUCUAGAUGGGAGACUUUUGCAUGAUGGUAGCCAUAGUAUAUCAAGAUUGGUUGCCCAUGUCAAUGGUGAUUGGCUGUGGGUAUCAAUGAUAAUUGUCUGUGAAUAUCUGACAGCAACUGGUUAUGGGUAUUGAUGACAAUUUGUACUUUCAGUGCCCAGAAAUAGCCAGAUUGUAGCAUUGCUCUCUCUCUCCGUACUGCUCCUGGGACAAAUGUUCCUUAGAGGCAGAAGGAGGCCUUUGAAGAGUCUCAGAGACUCCAAUCAGAUGCAGGUCAGCCACGUCUGAACCCGAAGCACUCUUAAGUCCAUGACCUCCUCAUCCCAUUAUAUCCUUGCCCAAUUCUGCCUCAUCCCCUCUUCUCCCCAUCUUUGAUUUUUUUCAUAAUAUUUUAGAUUUAGUAUUAGCCAUCAUUAAUCAAAAUAUAUUAGUCAAUAUUAACCACAGUAUCUCAGUCAUGAUAACAGUAUGUAGUCACUAAUAGACAUAAAAUGUUAUCAUUGCAUAUUGUUUGGACAGGAAUGAGGAAACUGGGAUUGUGGACAAGAGUACACAAACAAUUUCCUCUUCCAUAUUUUUUUCUUUUUUUUUUUAAUUUUACUCCUUUACAAUUCUUUUUUUUUCUUCCAAAUACUUUUCAGUACCCACAACGGGUCUACCUCCAAUCCUCGCUGCUAUUGAAUAUUCCCACCUUCCAACCUCUUCCUCUUCUUUUUUUUUUUUUUUUUUACUACCUGUAUGCUCUUCCCUCCUGGCUUUCCCAUGGUGUUCCCCACCAUGCACCUCUCUUGGAACUGGCUUCCAGGAGAGACAGAAGGGACCUACUCAGGUCUAACUUCAAAUCAAGCCACUGGGUUGUCUGAACAAGUAACCCAGGCAACUAGGCAGAGCCGGGAGGUUGAAUUGAGCCCUCACUGUUGCUGAAGCUGUGAGCAUAAUUCUGUUUACAAAACUUUUAAAUAAAAUAUCCUUUGAUAUCUCUA